AUGGCAUCCAUUACUGACUCGACCACCACUGGUGCAGCCAAUACCGUCGAAGCCACUCCAAAUGCUGUCGACAUUGAUGCUAAAAAGGAAAAGGUCUCCUCCGUCGUCGUGUUCAGUGAUCGGGCUCAAGUCACUAGAAUAUUCACGGGGAAGGCUCUCCUUGUCGGCCAAAACGAGGUCAAAAUCAAAAACCUACCCACCUACAUCGACAAGGACAGUAUCAGAGUCGAAGGCCGUGGCAACGCUACAAUCCUCGAUGUCGUCUUCACGUCAAAAUGGGUCACAAAGGAACCUGUAUCCGACUCGAAAGAAGUCGACAAGCUCAAAUCUCGCAUCAAGGCUAUCGACAUCAAAGUCAAGGCACUUGCAAAUGAAAAGAAACGGGUGGACGGACAACGCAAACUGUUUAAUGACUAUGCUGAUGCUGUUACGACAAACAAGCCUGUGCAAGCAAAUGCAACGCCUGUUACCCAGGGUGCUCCGGCAAUGUUGGAAGGGAAGGUGGUCGAGGGGUUGGUGGAUUUCGUCGCUAGUUUGGCGAGAAAGUGGGAGGUGUUUGAUGAACGAGAGGCUGAAAUUGCCGAGGAGGUCACGGCGUUGGAAGAGGAAAAGUAUGGAAUCAACAUGAACUUGAAUCAAAUGGGCUCACAAUCAUACUCUACUCAAGAGAAUGUAGUCGAAGUCGUCGUACUCCUUGAUGCUGAAAAGGAUGGUGAUGUGGAUUUGACUCUCAGUUAUAUCGUAACGAGAGCAUCGUGGACAUCGUUAUUCGACAUUAGAGUAUUCACCGACAGCAAAGCAAUGAAAUUGACAUACAAGGCGGAAAUCAAACAAUCUACAGGUGAAGAUUGGACUGAUGUGUCGCUUGCACUCUCUACUGCAACUCCUGCGGUUGGCGGCGAUCCACCAGAACUAUCUCCCUGGUACGUCUCCAUUCGCCCAAAACCUCGCCCAAUGAUGGAAAAGAAAUCAAAAUCAAUGGUGUCUGCUCGUCGAUCAUCUCCAAAUAUGGCUUUUGGUGGUGCGCCAGCACCUCCAAUGGUCAUGUCUGCUGCUCCAAUGAUGGCUUCAUAUGCGCAAGCACCUGGUGGUGGUGGGUCCAUGUCGCAGGAUAUGUUGUUGAUGGAUGAGGAGUCGGCUAGUGAUAUGAAUCAGAGGACUGCGUUUGCGAGGGAGAGUUUGACUUCUACUACUUAUCAAAUACCAUCCAAAGCUACGAUUCCUUCUGAUAAUGUGCCUCAUAAAGUCACUGUCGCAAUCAUCGACUACAAACCAACCUUCACAUGGACAUCCGUCCCCAAAAUCGACGCCAAAGCAUUCUUGAAAGCCACAGUCAAGAAUGAUUCCGAGUAUGCCCUACUCGCUGGGCCUGCAAACAUCUUCCUCGAUGACUCGUUUGUUUGUAAGGCUUCUCUCAAGAGCGUCGCACCACAAGAAGAAUUCGAAUCAUCCCUUGGCAUAGACAACACAAUCCGCAUAACCUACAAACCAGUCUCCAAAAAAACCGAAACAUCUGGUAUACUCCAACGCUCCAACGUCACUCGCUACACCCAAGCAAUCGAAAUCAAGAAUACCAAACAGCAGGAAAUCACAUUGAACCUCGUAGACCAGAUUCCGAUUUCAAGUGAAGAGAAACUGGUUGUGAGGAUUGUGAAGCCUGACGUUACUGUCGCGAAACCUGUCGCUAGUUACGUGGAUGCUGGGAACGAGGUGGGAGUCAAGUAUGUCGAGAGGGAGGGCAAGUUUGAGUAUACGUUGAAGAUGAAACCAGGAACGAAGCAAGUUGUUGAGUUUUGUUGGGACGUUUCGCUUGCAGUUACUGAGGCGAUUGAUGGGAUUUAA